AUGAAUGAUAUGCCAGGGACCAAUCAAACUUCCAUCACCACCUUCUUCCUCUUAAGCUUCAAGCACUUGUGCCAACUUCAGUUCCUACUUUUCUUGGUGUUUCUGAUUAUCUACAUUGUGACUGUGACUGGCAAUAUUCUCAUCCUGGUCUUAGUUGUGACUGAUGAAUGCCUUCACACCCCCAUGUACUUUUUCCUAGCUAAUCUUUCUUUCUUGGAGACUUUCUACAGCUCAGUGGUGACCCCUAGGAUAUUGUCUGACUGCUUGUCAGAGGAUGGCAGUAUUUCUUUGGGUGGAUGUAUCACACAGUUAUUCUUCUACACUAGUAUGGCUGGCGUUGAAUGCUUCCUUCUUGCAAUCAUGGCAUUUGACCGUUAUCUAGCCAUUUGCAAGCCACUUCACUACACAAUCAUAAUGAACUUCAGAGUCUGCCUUCAGCUAGCAGUAGUAUCCUGGAUCUCUGGCAUUUUGGUAUCUGCACUUUCAGUUGGGACAGUUUCCAAGUUAUACUUCUGUGGCCCCAACCAAAUGGACCAAUUUGUCUGUGACAUGGAAGAGCUGAUGAAACUGUCAUGCAAGAAGAGCACUUUGGCAAAAAUGACUGUCUUUGUUGCCUGUUCCAUUGCAACACUGGUUCCUUUUGUGUUCAUCAUUAUCUCCUACGGAUGCAUCCUCUCAGCCAUCUUGAAAAUUGCCUCUUCUGCUGGAAGACAGAAGGCAUUUUCAACAUGUGCCGCCCACCUUACAGUGGUGAGCCUGUAUUAUGGGACCAUCAUUAUAUUGUACGUAAUCCCUAAAGCAGGUCAGUCUCCAGAAUUUCAUAAAGGGCUCUCUGUUGUAUAUACUGUUGUCACACCAAUGUUGAAUCCUAUUGUGUACAGUCUCAGGAACAAGGAAGUAAGGGGGGCCUUUAACAAACUGGUUUCCUCAUCAUUUAAGAACAGGAUAAGUUGA